CUUCUGAUUGGCUGUCUUUCCUGGUCCGAGCACCGGUGGAGAGGCCUAAGGCUGCGCUUCCAAAGGCGCUGCCAGUUGAGUCUCGUGUGCUGCUGCUACCUGCUCUUUGCGCCUCCGCGGGCUUCCUGGAAUCUUUGCAACACCGCCGGCAUGUCUCAGGCUGAGUUUGACAAAGCUGCUGAGGAAGUUAAGCAGCUUAAGACCAAGCCAGCAGAUGAGGAGAUGUUGUUCAUCUACAGCCACUACAAACAAGCAACUGUGGGUGACAUAAAUACAGAACGUCCUGGAAUGUUGGACUUCAAAGGCAAGGCCAAGUGGGAUGCCUGGAAUGAGCUGAAAGGGACUUCUAAAGAAGAUGCCAUGAAAGCUUACAUUGACAAAGUAGAAGAACUAAAGAAAAAAUAUGGAAUAUAAGAGACUGGGUUUGGCUGCCAGCCAUUCAUUUCACCUAAACUGAUUUAAUGCCUUGUUUUUCUAAUACUGUGGAUGAAGUUAAUAAAUAACUAGCUAAACCAGAAGCUCAAGACAGCCCAGGAUAUGACUCUAAUAGAGUAGAAGCUGAAACGGUUACUAAUCCUUGCUGAGUAAUUUUUAUCAGUAGAUGAAUUAAAAGUAUCUUUGUUACUUUA